ACCUUUCCUUUCUUCCCUCUCUUUAAUGUGCCUGCGGAGGGGGGUAAGCUUGUAAUGCGCUCAAACCAAGGCAGCUGCGAAAGUGGAGUGACUUGCUGGAGGUCCUUGCAGUUUGGCAGCAUUGAGAAGAAUGGGCUCCGUUUCAGAGAUGCUCACAGUGGUCCCCCUUCACCAAAGGCCUGAUCUUCUGGAAUCCUGUGCUGACCUCAUCAAUGAAGAGUGGAAAAGGAGCAGGACUUCCCGCAUCCACUCGCUGCAGAGAUCCACCAAUGACUUUCCCAUGUGCCUGGUGCUGAUUAGAACUCCAAGGGCCGAGGAGGAAGUUGCUGAAGGGAAACUGGCCAAGAACCAGUGCCAGCUCCUGGGGCAUGCCAGGCUAUCUCAUGUGGUUGGUCACCCUAAAAGCUUAUUUGUGGAGACUGUUGUGGUCUCCAAAGCUAUUCGUGGAAAAGGUUACGGGAGAAAACUGAUGGAAGCCAUUGAAAGUUAUGCUGAGGCCCGUGGCUACAGUCGUCUGCACCUCACCACCCAUGACAAGCAGCAUUUCUACGCCCACUUAGGCUAUACGUUGUCUAAGCCUGUUCAGUGUGCAGGAUUUGUGAAUUCCCUCGUCCCUUUGAAGUUUUUAGAGACCUUCUCUCCUCCUCAGCAUGGAAGGGAGCUUCCUGCAGGAUCUGGGAAAAACAAUCCAGGUGCAUCCUGUGGUAGCAAAGCUGGAUCAAAUGUCCAUCCGUUACCCCCUUCUGCCCCCUCUUUCUCCUCAGUAGCUCCACCCCCACCACCUCCUCCACUGUAUCCUGCUUGCUCUACUGACUCAAUAAAUGUUGCCAUUUCUCCCUCUUCCCAGCUAGCAGCUUCUUCCAACAGUUCCUUGUCCCAACCCAUUAAUGCUACAGUUCAGCCAUCCCAGCCACCCUCUGUGCCUCUUUUUGCGAAUUCCUCUAGUGCCACAACCCUCCCACCCCCUCCUCCUCCACCACCACCACCACCACCACCACCACCUCCUCCCUCUUCUGAGCUUUCACCAGUGACCCAUUUGCCAGGCCUUCCAUGUUCCUUUAAAACUGCUGCCUCUUGCCCACCAGAGGGCAAAAGCCAGAAUCAGCUGUUUCUAGAAACACCAUAUCACGACGUCAAAGGGCAGCCCAUAUUUUGGAUGGUGAAAGACAUUUAAUCUUUCCUUCAUGUGCCAGUGUGAUGAAGAUGAAGGAUGAUAAUUGGAGGAGGGAAGAUACUUUGGAAGAAAGCCUGGUUUGGAUCUUAUGAAAUCAGAUGACUAAGAGCCAUUUCUGAACUAGGAAGCCAACAAAUUUGAUCUCAGAAUUCUUUUUAGAGAAGAGCCCAGAGUGAAGCCAUAUGAGGAACAAAAAAAGUCAGAUAUCCAUAUAGCUGAAAUAUAUUUGAAAGCUUAUCACACAUAAUUUCCACUGUAUCUCAAUGGAUGUUGCCUUAGCCAAAUGGAUGAGCUAAAAGGAAUCGGCAGAUUGCUUUGACUAUAUCUGAUUUUCUUCUACCAAUAAACAAAUCACCUCUUGUUCUCA